CGCCCCCGCGGGGUCGCCGAACUCGUUGGCCGGAUCGCGGCGUCCGGGGUCGGCGAGGUGUCGUACGAGGCGGAGCCCUACGUCCCCAUGACGGAGGAGGAGGUGCUCUCCCUCUCCACGGCCCGGGGGUGGCCGUCGGCGGCCUACUUCGUCGAAGGUGAGCGGGACGAGUGAACCGAGAUCCGAUCUCGCGGUUGCGUGGAUUGUUCGAUGAGUUCGAUCGAACGGUAGAAAACAUACUCCUCCAUCCGUUUCCAGAUUUCCUUGUGGAAUUAGACGAUGGGCUGUCAGAUUUAUGCUGUAUCUGCUCAACUUGGUAUUCACAUUCAGGCUGAUAGCAUCGGUGAAGCACACCGGAAAGCGGUUGAGCCAUUGCGCAUCUCUCAUGGUGUUGCUGUUGAAUGUGUUCAGUUUAUUGUCUAUAUGUUUGUUAUGAGAUGAUUAUUCACCUUCAGCCGUCUCUGGUUGAAGAUUAUUAUAGUGGAAUGAAAUAUGGUAAUUAACGGUUG